CUAGUGUUCAUAAAGAUCUGCUUUUUUUCAAAACCUUUGUUGUUUUGCCUGUUUUUUUGUGGAAAUGUGUAUUAUUUAUACUUAUUUUUCUUGUUUCGAUUUCUUUUUUUUUCUUUUCUAUUUUUGCUUUUUGAAAUUAUAUAUGGUCUAUUAAUAGACUUUUGGUCGAUUAUUGUUAUAUCGUGGUUGAUCAACGUCUCUAUUGUUUGUAUAUAGAUCGUAUAAAUGCCUAGGUGUAGAGGUAGAGGAGGAAAAAUACUCCCACGUUCUUGUGCUAUGGUUGAAACUCGUUCUAAUGCGAAUCGUAAGGAUAAAAAUAGAAGAGGUGAAGAGCUUAGAGGAGAUAGAAAAAGAAAAAGAAGUGCAGAAGCUGAGAGUGCGUUCCACUCAGACCCCAUUGAUGAGUGUAGUGUUGAUGGAGAUAGAGCUGAUAGUAGAGUUGAGAGUGUAUCUGAGGAUGGUUCAAAACACACUAGUGCUACUGAAGAUGUUGAUUAUUUGUCCUUGCCAUAUUGUGCAAAGACAAUUAACGUUGAAAAGUAUGGCUUGAUCAAUUAGCUAGAUGAUUAUGAAUCUUUUGCAGCAAAAGUUUCUAUUAGGAGCAUGCUGUCGUUGUUAGUUGAAUUUAACAAUGUGUUGAGAGAUCAAAAACUAAGGAAAAAAUGGAAGCGUUCCUAUUUUGGUCACUUUAGAAAGCUGUCAAAAUUCUUUAUCAAUUUCAACGGAUGGAUGAUCCACUAUAUGCUUCUUCGUCACGUGGUCUAGAAAAAGAAGCGUGAAAUGUGGUUCCUCGUGAACGACAAGCCUGCGUGUUUUGGCUUGAAGGAGUUUGCGUUGAUCACCGGUUUAAAUUGUGGAUCCUAUCCCUCCCAAUCUAGAGAGGACAGGACAAUUAAGAAAGGGGCAGAAUUCUACACAAAGGUUACUCGAAAGAAGAAGAUUACAUCAGACAAGCUAUUGUCGGUGAUAAGAGGGCCUAGAUUAAAUAAAGAAGAAAAGCUGAAAUGUUGUCUUGUGUGGUUUCUCCAUACAAUUUUGAUGGCCAAAGAUGUGUCCAGGGGUGUGGACGCUGAUUGGUUUAAAAUGGCUGACGAUUUGGAAUUCUUCCAGAGCUAUCCUUGGGGAAAGGAAUCCUUUGAACUCACCUUGGAAUACUUGAUGGACAAGGUAGACGUUCCCAGGCACCACCAAACCCACCUUGAUAAGAAGACGCCAUCAUAUGCUCUCUACGGCCUCCCCUGGGCAUUAAUGGUCUGGACUUAUGAAGCUUUCCCCGCACUUGGACUGCAUGCUAGCAAAUAAGAUGAGGUUCCUCUGCCUAUUUCUAGGAUUCUUAGGUGGCACACCACAAAAAUGGAGCGAUUUACUGAAGGUGAUCCA